AUGUUGAGCGGCGUUUCGGCGCGUUCUUCUUCUUCUUUAAAGUCUCUCCCUUUUAAAACGAUUUCGAGAAGGAGUUCUUCGUUUUUAGCGUCGUCGUCGUCGAAGAAUUCGUCGUCGUUCUCUUUGUGUUCUUCUUCUUCUUCUUGUUGGAAUAACAACUGGGACGAACAAAGAAGGACGACAUUUACGUCAUCGAUAUCUAAAGAAGUCGAGAGGAUUAGGAGUCGCGCAAAAGCGAGCGACAUCAGCAGCAGCUCUGGCACGACGAGUCGCACUGAAGAGAAGACACCCCCACCCGCUCAAACGAAAAAAGAUUUAUUCCGAUUUAACUACGAACACGACAUACGCGAAACGGAGACGAUGUUACCUUUCAACGCGGAUAAAUACGGAGGCGUGGUGGUGAACAGCGACGAGUACGAUUACAAAACGGACGAGGAAUUCACGCUCGCGUUAGACGAGAGCUUAGAAUCGUGGAAAGAAUCAAACAUACGCGGGUGUUGGGUGAAAGUGCCAAUCGCAAACGCGAGUUACGUGCCGAUUGUCGUCUCGAGAGGGUUUCAUUUUCAUCACGCGGAGAAGGAGUACGUGAUGUUGACGAAGUGGUUGCCGGAGAACGAGGAGAACAAGUUACCGGCGGCGGCAACGCAUCACGUCGGGAUUGGCGCUUUUGUGACUCGAAUUAAUCCAACAGAUGAGAAUAAGCGAGACGUGUUGAUGGUGCAAGAAUUGAGAGGUCCGGCGGCUGGGAGAGAUUUGUGGAAGUUACCCACGGGUCUCUUGGACGUCGGCGAAGACGUUCCGGAAGCGGCGGUGAGAGAAGUGAUGGAAGAAACCGGCGUGAAGGCUGAGUUUGUGAGCAUAUUGAGCGCGAGACACUCGCACGGCACGCACUUUGGGCGAAGCGACAUGUUCUUCGUCGUCGCGUUGAGAGCGUUGAGCGACGAGUUGAUUCGAUGCCCGAAAGAAAUCGAGAAAGUCGAGUGGAAAGAUUUAGAGUUUUUCGCGAACAAUCCGAAAGUCCAAGAAGGCACCGCCAUGUGGGCGCUCAACAAAAAGUGCUACGAGUUCGCGCAAGGGAAAAUGACCGGAAUGCAGAGCGAUUUCUACCCAGCCGGAAUGAAUCGGCCGAAACCGGUCCGAGUGUAUUUCGGCGAGGAGAAGAGCGGCGGCAGUAAACUCUGA